AGGAAGUAGUCUAGAAGAAGCGGAAGUAGAAUUAGCCGGAGGAGGCGGCGGUAGCGGCACCUGGAGGGAAAGGCUCGUGGAGUCCGGGAGAACUGAUCGCCAAGAUGAAGGUGAAGAUGCUGAGCCGAAACCCGGACAACUAUGUCCGCGAAACCAAGUUGGACUUACAGAGAGUUCCAAGAAACUAUGAUCCUACCUUACAUCCUUUUGAGGUCCCACGAGAAUACGUAAGAGCUUUAAAUGCUACCAAACUGGAACGGGUAUUUGCAAAACCAUUCCUUGCUUCCCUGGAUGGUCACCGAGAUGGAGUCAAUUGCUUGGCAAAGCAUCCAAAGAGCCUGGCUACUGUCCUUUCUGGGGCAUGUGAUGGAGAGGUUAGAAUUUGGAACUUGACUAAACGAAACUGUAUCCGUACAAUACAAGCACAUGAAGGUUUUGUACGUGGAAUAUGUGCUCGCUUUUGUGGGACUUCUUUUUUUACUGUUGGUGAUGACAAAACUGUGAAGCAGUGGAAAAUGGAUGGACCAGGUUUUGGAGAAGAGGAAGAACCAUUGCAUACAAUAUUAGGAAAGACAGUGUAUACCGGAAUUGAUCAUCACUGGAAAGAAGGCGUUUUUGCUACAUGUGGACAGCAAGUAGAUAUUUGGGAUGAACAAAGAACCAGUCCUAUAUGUUCAAUGACCUGGGGAUUCGACAGUAUAAGUAGUGUUAAGUUUAAUCCGAUUGAGACAUUUCUCUUGGGAAGUUGUGCUUCUGACAGGAAUAUAGUACUAUAUGAUAUGAGGCAAGCUACUCCUCUGAAAAAGGUCAUCUUAGACAUGAGAACAAAUACAAUUUGUUGGAACCCUAUGGAAGCUUUCGUUUUUACUGCAGCAAAUGAAGAUUACAACUUAUAUACGUUUGACAUGCGUGCACUGGACAGUCCCGUAAUGGUCCACAUGGAUCAUGUUUCCGCAGUGCUUGAUGUGGAUUACGCCCCCACUGGGAAGGAGUUUGUGUCCGCCAGUUUUGAUAAAUCUAUUCGAAUCUUUCCUGUGGAUAAAAGUAGAAGCAGGGAAGUCUAUCACACAAAAAGAAUGCAACACGUUAUCUGUGUAAAAUGGACUUCUGACAGCAAAUACAUUAUGUGUGGAUCUGAUGAAAUGAAUAUUCGUCUGUGGAAAGCUAACGCUUCUGAAAAAUUGGGUGUGCUUACAUCACGAGAAAAAGCAGCCAAAGAUUAUAACCAGAAGUUAAAGGAGAAAUUUCAGUAUCAUCCUCAUAUAAGACGAAUUGCCCGUCACCGCCAUCUACCAAAAUCUAUCUACAGCCAGAUUCAAGAACAGCGCAUCAUGAAAGAAGCUCGUCGACGAAAGGAAGUGAAUCGUCUCAAACAUAGCAAGCCUGGAUCUGUGCCGAUUGUGUCAGAGAAGAAGAAACACAUAGUGGCAGUUGUGAAAUAAUAUUUGGUAUUCCCACCAAUACUGAUGUAUAAUUAUUUGUUAUGUUUUGAUUUGCAAACUACGAAUAAAAAUACAGUUGACCCUUUAGCAACACAGGUUUGAACUGACUGGGUCCACUUAUAUACGGAUUUGUUUCAAUAAAUACACAGUUGGCCCUUUGUAUUCCCAGGUUUUGAAUCCAGGGAUUCAACCAACUGUGGAUCAAACACAGUGUUUUCUUUCCGAGGUUGGGAAUCUGCAAAUGUAGAGGGUCGACUGAAGUUAUAUGUGGAUUUUCGACUGCCCAGUGGGUCGGCGCCCCUGACUUCCACAUUGUUCAGGGAUCAACUAUACUGGUUCUCAGUAUAACAAACAGUUUAGUUAUCUGUAUUGAACUUUAUUGUUGCUCAUUUUAACUACCCGGAAAUAUUAUCUUUAAAAGGUGGCCUGGUUCAUAAGACUAUCCCAACAUUUUAUCCUUAAUCUACUUUCUUACUAAAGAAUACAGUAUUUGCAAACUAGCUUAUUUUUUCUGUUAGAAAUUGCAGAUAUACUUUUGUUCUGAUCUAUUAUUAUAGAUACUAUAAAUUUACAUUUAAGACCAAACAUCUCUUGUGUUACAUUUAAUAUUACUUUGAAUAAUUACUGCAAUGAUUCUUCUUAAGGUUUCAUAGAACAUGUAAAAGAAUAAUGUCAGAACUUUUUUCAGUUGAAUAUACUGUCUGUGCUUUAUUCAUAUUUGGCUUUUUGAGACUUUAAAGAUGAUCAGCCUGCAUUUAUGUAACUUUUAUAAUUGAUCAUUUCAAUUUAUGGUCAAGUCACAAUAAUAAACAUCCUUUUUCU